UUCUUCUCCACCAGCAAAGCUGCACCAACGCUCCCUCAGACUAAAGGAGUGAGGACACCAACAUGGAGAUGAAGAGCAUAAUGAAAACUGAUAAAAGGGUAAGGAUACUGCUGAAGGCGGAGGACAGCAGCACCACCCAGAGCAGCUCUAUCGGGGCCGUACGCUGGAGCCUGCCUGAGGAGAGCGUCCAGGCUCACAGCUCAGCCCCCAGCAGACCCGGCGCCACCAGCAGCCUCACCAAACACUCACAGCAACAUCCACGCCAGAACGGCCUGAAGGACCUGCGCAGCCUGCAGGAGUGUGUGCAGUUCAUCAAUCACUGGAAGGAGCAAGUGGACCAAGUCUGCAAGGGCAGUGGCGAUCCAGAGGAGGGCACCAGUAAGAAAGAGGGUUCAGACCUGCGUACUGAGCGCAGUCUUGAGCAGAGCAGGAAACUGAUCCUGGAGUGGGCUGACGAACUCCACCAUGUCGACAAGCUCCUGAAGGAGAGGGGGGCAUCUGAGAGUCAAGAACAUGAAAAUAAAGAAGAUAAGGAUGCUGAGGAUAACGAGAAGGAGCUGAGGAUCAUGGAAUGGGCAAAGGAGCUGCAGAAGGCAACUGAGAAUUGUGGUGUGCAGAGCGACGAGUUGGGUAAAGUGUUGCGUCUGCUGGGCCUGAAGAAGAAACGGCUGGUCAACCUGCUGCCUCUGCUGGAGUUCAUCACCUGGUCUCUGCUCAAAGAAGACAGCACGAUGAUGAUUCCACAGUUAUGGUUACUGGCAAAGCAAAGGACCUGGAAAGCUGGAAUUCCAAGAUACAUCCCCAACUCAGUUUGGAGUUGGAUUUGCAGUGCAGCAGCUGAUGUGGUUCUUGACUCCAUGACCAACCACCCCUGGCUGCUGCUGUCAGACGACCAGCGUAUGGUCCAGGAGGGCCUCUCACCGUCCGACCUGCCUUUCAGCUCCCAGCGCUUUGACAGUUGGCCCUGCGUGUUGGGAUGGGAAGGCUAUAGCAGCGGCCGCCACUACUGGGAGGUGGACAUAGCCAACAACGGAUACUGGCGUGUGGGAAUGACCACUGCCGACUCAAAGCGUCAAGGCCGGUUCCCCAUGACCCCAAAGCACAGAUACUGGGCCCUGUGGCGCAGCACGAACCAGUUCCAAGUCUGCACCAAGCCGGAGACACUGCUGCCCAUCGACCUCGUGCCUCGACGCCUGGGUAUCUACUUGGACUAUGAAGAAGGCCAGAUCUCCUUCUACAACGCAGAAACAAAGUCCCACAUCUACACCUUCACUGGAACCUUCAAAGGGAAGCUGUACCCUCUGUUCGCCCCGCUGGAUGGACGCACACUCAUUAGAAUCAUCCCACCACAUAAAAUCUCAGUAAACUGAGAGAUGAA